GUGAUUGGCUAGCGCGGAGCCCCGGAGCGCCCUGUCCGGCGGCGCUCUAGCCCCGCGCGCGCCGUCUCGAUGCUCCUCCGCGACUCGUCUAUUUAUUGUCGCGGAGAAGCGGCGGCGGCUCUGUACCCGGAACAACAAAGCACGAAAGACGGGAGCCCGAGCCUCGGGGGGAGGGGAGGGGGCUCCUAGCAACGGGCUGGGCAGGAGUUCCAUGGAGACUGGGGAGCGCGCCCGCCUCAUCUUCAUCCUCGUCCUCCAGCUUCUGCUUCGCAUCCGACGCCACCGGCAGCAGCGCUGCCGCCGCGUCCUCUGCGACCGCCCCAUCUUCCCACGAACAAGAUGCCAUUUGAACUUAAGGAAGAUUGCUUUGGAGGGAGCAAAUGUAAUUUAUAAGCGUGAUGUUGGAAAAGUAUUAAUGAAGCUUAGAAAACCUAGAAUUACAGCUACAAUUUGGUCCUCAGGAAAAAUUAUUUGCACUGGAGCAACAAGUGAAGAAGAAGCUAAGUUUGGUGCCAGACGUUUAGCUCGCAGUCUGCAGAAGCUAGGUUUUCAGGUAAUUUUUACAGAUUUUAAGGUUGUAAAUGUCUUGGCAGUUUGUAACAUGCCCUUUGAAAUUCGUUUGCCAGAAUUCACAAAGAACAAUAGACCUCAUGCCAGUUACGAACCCGAACUUCAUCCUGCUGUGUGCUACAGGAUAAAGUCUCUAAGAGCUACAUUACAGAUUUUUUCAACAGGAAGUAUCACAGUAACAGGGCCCAACGUGAAGGCUGUGGCUACUGCCGUGGAACAGAUUUACCCAUUUGUGUUUGAAAGCAGGAAAGAAAUUUUAUAACUCAUCACUUAAUUGGUUAGAAUCUCUAACUGAGCACCUUUAAAACCUGCUGCACAUUGGACUCAACACAAAAGGAAAACUGGACCAACAGUAACUGAGGAAAGAGACUCUUUUUAUUCAUUCGUGGCUACAGUGUAAGCUCCAGUCCCUUUGGAUUUUAUUUCAAACUUUGCUGUAAUAUAAAAAGGAAGUUUACAAGACAUGACAUUGCUGCUUUUACAAAAGGACAUUCUAUUUAUUUCCGCAGUAAUUCUCAUGUCCCCAUAAGCAGAGCUGUCACAGUGUGCACUACCUUAAAUUGUUUUAUUGUUGUCAUUGUUAUUUUUUUUCCAGUUUGAGCUAAUGUGUUUUAUUUGUGAAUAGUCUUUUACAUUUUUGUAUGCUGAAUAUGGGCACCAAAGAACCUGUAAAAGUUAUCUUUUUCAAUUGAAUGUGCACAAAUAAAAGUUUGGAAAAGA